AAGACAAAUGAUUCCUCAUCCCGUCCACGUUUCAGCUUUUUCAUUCUGGAAAUUUCAGCUUGCUUGGUAAUCUGCCGCUGGACCUUAGUCCGGAGGGUAAAGUAGGGAUCUUUUCGUAUCUAUACCUUCUACGCUGCAAAUUGCGGACGAUUUCAUCAGAGAGAGCCUGAGAUGAGAAUAGAUAGAUGAAAGGAGGAUGCUGAGGAGGAAGCCGAGCAGGAUCCAAGUGAAGGAGGAGGACAAGGAAGAGAUCGACGAAGGCCGUCGCAAUCGCGCUUCCACCUCCAGUCCACGUCCCAACUCCAACCCUUGCCCCAAUUCCAACCCUCUCCACAAGUUCCUCGAUCCCGCCCCACUCGACGCCGCCGCCAAAGCCCAGCGCAUCGGCCUCCACCAAACCUAGUCUUAGACCUAGCCCUAACCAUGGAGGUCGAGGUCAAGCUCCGCCUCCCCGACGCCGCCGCCCACCAGCGACUCUCCGACGCCCUAGCCCCCCACCACCUUCGCAUCCACCUCCAGGAGAAUCUCUUCUUCGACGGCGCCUCCGGCGAGCUCUCCUCCCGCUUCGCCAUCCUCCGCAUCCGCUUCUACGAUGCCGAUGCCCGAUGCGUCAUCUCCCUCAAGGCCAAGGCCCGCCUCGUCGAUGGCGUUAGCCGCGUCGAGGAGGAUGAGGAGGACAUCGACCCGGCCCUCGGACGCGCCUGCGCCGCUGACCCGUGUCGGCUGUUCGACGCGGCGGCCUCCUCUCGGAUCGUGAGGAGGGUUCUCGAGGAGUUCGGAUCGGAGGGAAAGAUUGGAUCUUUUGUGUGCUUGGGAGGGUUCCGGAACGUCAGGGCGGUCUACGCGUGGAAGGAGGGGCUGACGCUUGAGCUUGAUGAGACGCAAUAUGUUUUCGGAACUGGCUACGAACUGGAGUGUGAAACGACAGAUCCAGAGAAGGCCAAGGAGUUGCUGGAGAGUUUCUUGAAGGAGAAUGGGAUACCUUACUCUUAUUCUGAAGCAUCCAAGUUUGCUGUUUUCCGUGCUGGGAAGCUUUUACCCUGACUUUUGCAGGUUCCGAGUUUGAUGGAAGUGAUUUAGUGGGAUCCCUUUAUGAUGCUUCGUAGGAAACAGCAUCGGUGUCUAAUAUCUCCAUGUAAGCAGAUCAUUUUAUGAAUGUAAUAAAGUAGACUUGAUGGUAAAGAUGAAAAAAUUGGACUUCAAAUUAUUUCCAAAUUUUGUAUUA